GACACGUAGCUACUUCCUGUAUAGCUGAAGGGUGGGACAGGCGGAAAUAGCGUCCUGUGCUGCUGGUAUUUCUCUCUCGCUGAGCAGUUGGACUGAUAAUUUAUCACUCAACAUGCCGGCGUAUCACUCAAACUUGAUGGCCCCAGAUACCAGGAUGGUGGGGAACAUGGCCCUGCUUCCCCUCAAAACUCAGUUCAAGGGACCGGCCAGAGGAGAUGGCAUUGAUUCAGACAUCAUCGAUGAGGCCAUCUACUAUUUCAAAGCUAAUGUUUUCUUUAAGAACUAUGAAAUCAAGAAUGAGGCAGACAGGACACUGAUCUAUGUCACCCUCUACAUUUCUGAAUGCCUAAAACGGCUACAGAAGUGCAGCUCCAGAGGUCAGGGGGAGAAGGAGAUGUACACUCUGGGAAUCACUAACUUUCCCAUUCCUGGUGAACCUGGUUUCCCUCUUAACGCCAUGUAUGCCAAACCUGCAAACAAGCAGGAGGAAGAAACGAUGAGGGCGUACCUGCAGCAGAUCCGCCAGGAGACGGGCUUAAGGCUAUGUGAACGAGUGUUUGACCCCCAGACAGACAAACCCAGCAAGUGGUGGGUGUGCUUUGUCAAGAAGCAGUUCAUGAACAAGAGUCUGUCUGCUCCCGGACAGUGAGCUCAACUCAGGACCCACAGUUUCUGUUGUACAACUGCAACAUGGAUGCAUUUUUUGGGGUGGUGGGAGGGAGGUUUGCUUUUGAGUUGCUAAAUAAAUGAUUUUAUACUCUUUGAGUUAAAGGAUAUCGUCUGGAUGUUGAUCAUAUUGAGCUGGUGCUUAAUUCAAUAAAGCGGUCAUGGAGAUUGGAAAGUAA